UAUUCGACCCUGGCUGCGCUGCUAGUGCCCGAAGAGAGAGGAGAGCAAGGUGCUGAGAGGGCGCGGUGGCCGGUGGAUGGCGAUGGCGGGCGGCGGGGGACUGAACCGGUCGUCGUCGCGGGGGCAGCUGCCGCCACAAGAGCUUCUCGACGAUCUCUGCAGCCGCUUCCUGCUGAACGUGCCUAAGGAGGAGCUCGAAUCGUUCGAGCGGAUCCUGUUCCUGCUGGAGCAGGCGCACUGGUUCUAUGAGGACAACUCCGUCGAGCACAACCCCAACCUCAAGUCCCUCUCCUUCAAGGACUUCACCUCCCUCAUGUUCAAGAGCUGCACUGCUCUCAGGCCCUACAUCGCGCACCUGGAUGAUAUCUACAAGGACUUCAACAACUACAAGUUCCGUGUCCCCGUGUCUGGCGCCAUCAUCCUGGAUGACACCUAUGAGAGGUGCCUGCUUGUUAAGGGAUGGAAAGCUGGGGCCAGCUGGAGCUUUCCUCGUGGAAAGAGGAAUAAAGAUGAGGAAGACCAUACUUGUGCUGUUAGAGAAGUCCUGGAAGAAACUGGGUGUGAUGUUUCUACGCUACUAAAUUUGGAUGAUUACAUUGAAGUUUCGAUUGGACAACAAAGAGUUCGGCUCUAUAUCAUAACUGGUGUUAAGAGAGAUACUGUGUUUGCACCUCAAACAAAGAAGGAAAUCAGUGAAAUCUCAUGGCACAGAAUUGACGAUCUCUUGCCAGCUAGUGAUGAUGCGGUAUCUCGUGGAGUGAAUGGAAUGAAGCUGUACAUGGUUGCACCAUUUUUGACGGGCUUAAAGGCUUGGAUUGCCACGCAUCGUCCCCCGCUGUAUCAGAAAUCAGAGGCAUCUGCUAGAGGUACUGUGUGGAAGGCAAAGAAUUCAUCAAGCGGUGGUGCCCCAGUAGAGAACCCCGUUGCUAGAGCAGGAUCUGACGCGCAGCAUGUUGACAACCGACCCGGUAGAAGCUUCAGAAACUUCAGGUUUGACACCGCAAGCAUCCUGCAGUCCAUGGAAGCUUCCUUCCUACGCACCUAGGAGCCUGACAAAGCAUCAACCCGUGCACUUGCAUCCUUGAUGUAUAUAGGCUGUGGUCAGUGUUAACUCCACAAGGACAUGAUGUCUCCAUUUCUGUCUUUUUUUUUCCUUUUCUGGUGGUACCUGUAAUCUUUCAGUGCAACAAAUGUUUGGGACGUCUUGCCUGUGGUAUAUAUUUAUCGCGUUCUGUCAGACGCUUGAAUCUGA